AUGCAGGCAGAGGCUUCGUCUUCCUUGGCUGCUACUCUACCUACCCCUCGGAGCGACGGGUCCAACACGGAAUCGGUGUCGGGUCCUGGUCGUAUUGCUACACCACCGCCGCCGUCACUGCCUUUGGAAAUGAGCCGAUCUGAGUCAAAAAACAACCUCGAGAGCGGUAGCAGUAGACGACUGCGCAACAAGAUGGCCGCCAGCGAGGUGUUGCGACCGACUGAACUUGAUGCCAAUGCUGUGGAGAGUGCUUUGCUGCGAGAGCUUCAGCGUCCGCACCGGGAAAGCACUCCAGCCGAGGAAGCAAACCGUACUUUCUCUACCCUUCUUCGUGCCGAGCUCUUUGCGAAUUCCGUGCCUCAAACAAGCCCUCCAGUCCUUUCUCCCGAAACAAAAACUAGGAAUUCGUCCGUAGCACAACCCACUGAUGGAACAAGAGCCCACACCCCUCCAAGCAACAGUCUCGCCACAUCUCUCCCCUCAUCACUCACGCCGUCAACACCUCAUAAGAAUCUUUUUUCAUACAUGUCUCCGCGGCAUCAUGGCCAUGCAGCUGGGCAUCCUACCCCCUCUAAGACACCCCAGAGCCGGCAUGGUCCAAACCUGGAUACCAGAGCGGAAACAUAUAGCCUGUCACCAGUUCGAUUCGGCAGUCAGCAGAUGCUCCUCAGUCCCCGCCGACAGCCUCGAGCCGUGAGCAAGGUGCCGUACAAAGUACUCGAUGCUCCUGAAUUAGCCGAUGACUUUUACCUGAAUCUGGUGGACUGGGGCAGUGCUAACGUCCUGGGAGUCGGUCUUGGGUCGAGUGUGUACAUGUGGAAUGCUCAAACAAGUAAGGUAAAUAAGUUAUGCACCUUGGAAGAUGAUACUGUUACGAGCGUCUCCUGGAUACAAAAAGGUACACAUCUCGCCAUUGGCACUGGCAAAGGUCUGGUUCAGAUCUGGGAUGCUGAAAAGACGAGGAGGCUGAGAACAAUGACCGGUCAUACUGCUCGAGUAGGCUCUUUGGCCUGGAACACCCAUAUUCUUACCUCGGGAUCUCGCGACAGGUUAAUAUACCACAGAGAUGUCCGGGCUCCUGAUCAGUGGCUAAGGAAAUUGGUGGGCCAUAAACAAGAGGUUUGCGGGCUGAAAUGGAACUGUGAGGAUGGUCAGCUUGCGAGCGGAGGCAAUGAUAACAAGUUGAUGGUGUGGGACAAACUAUCAGAAUCACCUCUGUGGAAGUUCUCAGAUCACACCGCAGCUGUCAAGGCUAUAUCCUGGUCCCCUCAUCAGCGUGGUCUCCUUGCUUCAGGCGGCGGUACAGCAGACAGGAGGAUUAUUUUCCACGAUACGGUGAAGGGAACUGUCGUCAACGAAAUUGACACCGGAAGCCAAGUUUGCAACAUUGCGUGGUCGAAGAACUCCAACGAGAUCGUAUCUACACACGGAUAUAGCCAGAAUCAGAUUGUGGUCUGGAAAUACCCGUCAAUGACACAAGUUGCCAGCCUCACUGGCCAUACAUACCGUGUGCUGUAUCUGGCGAUGAGCCCAGAUGGCCGUGUUAUUGUUACCGGCGCUGGCGACGAGACAUUGAGGUUUUGGUCGGUCUUUGGUCGUCGCCCUGGAACGAGAGAAGAGGGAGAAGCAGGCGGUGGCAAGCUCGCGGACUGGGGCAUCAUCAGAUAA